UGUGUGAUUUUUUUUGUUAAUUUGGUAUGCUGAGUCAGACUGUUGUUGUUGUGGCAGCAAUUUGUAAAAGUGGCGAAUUUAUUAACAAGCGACUUAGACCCCAGUGGACUAAGGGAUGAUUUAAAGUGCAGUGAAUAUUAAUAAAAUGUUGAAAUUACAAUAUUUUGUUUUAUAUAUAUCUUAUAUUAGUUUUGUGGACACUGUGGGAUCUUGGAGUGUAGCAGUUAAGGAGUCUUCAGUGAUUCAUAAUGUUGAGUGUAAACAUUUAAGAAUGGGUCAGUUCAUGUGCCCAGAUCCAAGCAUAGAUCACAUAGAUCCUAAAACCCAACAGCUUAAGAAUUGCCAAAAAAAUAACAAGGCGAAGAUACAAUGUACUGCUGUUGAAGGUCUCAAUUGCACUGAAACUGGAAAUUCUACAUUCUUUAAAGAGAUGCCUUGCAAGUGGACUAAUGGUUACUCAUUUGAGACCUCAAUGUUGCUUUCGGUGUUCCUUGGAAUGUUUGGUGCUGACAGGUUUUACUUGGGUUAUCCAGCUAUUGGUUUAGCCAAGUUUUGCACCUUGGGUUUCAUGUUUAUUGGUCAAUUAAUUGACAUUGUAUUGAUAGCUACACAAUAUGUGGGUCCAGCUGAUGGUUCCCAUUAUGUAAUGCCAUAUUAUGGACCAGCAGUUGAAGUGAUUAGAAGUGAUAAUUGGACAUAUAGAUUGAGGCAAGAUGAUUGGUGAUUAUUCUUUGUUUUGUAAACUC